AUGGAUGAUCUUGAGUCUCUGGAGCUGUUCUCGCUCGUGUCGCGAGUAACGAACGAGUUCGAGAACCACUUGGGUAUCGCCGACAAGACUCUCGCAGAGUUCGUGAUUGAUCAGCAUGUUAAAUGCAAUGGCAAUUUCCCCGAAUUUAAGAAAUUUUUCGACGACAUGGGCGGCGAGUUCCCGCAAAGUCUGCUGGAGAGUGUCGACCGCAUGGUGCUCACGAUGCACCCGAAAUACAAAAGCAAAAAAGCAGAAAACAAUAAUGAAGCUUCUCAGGACAAUGACGAUAUGGAUUUGCUUGAUGCCCUAGCAAAGAAGUCCCGGGUGUUCAAGGGUCUUUCUGUCCCUGAUACGGAAAAGCGCUGGGAGGAAGACGAAUACACGGACCGCCAAGCGGUAGACGAAGCCGACCUACAAGCAGAUGCGAUGGAUGAUACUUUUGCGAUGCUGGAGGGCUUGGCAGGAAAAGCGAAGGAGGACAAACCACAUGUGCACAGGAACGACCGCAGCAGCAGGAAGCGCAGCCGCAGUCCCCAACACAACGAUUAUGACCGUGGGAGGCGCAGAGACAAAUAUCGUUCGCGAACAAGAUCUCGAAGUCCCCCGCGGCAUAGCAAUAAUAACGACUACGUGGACGAGUUUGGCAGGUCGAUUGGCAAAUACGGCGACCGGGAAGACACCUAUCGCAAUGGCCAUGGUGAUCGUCGGAGACGCCGCGAUCGCGAGGACGAUGACGAUUUCCGCCGACCGCCGCCAGUUGAGUUGGAUGAUCACCCCAUUCUUUACAAGGUCUAUGAUGGAACCGUGACGGGUGUGAAAGAUUUCGGUGCUUUUGUGAACUUGCAGGGUGUCAAGGGGAAGGUGGACGGGCUUGUUCAUAUCUCGGCAAUGCAAGAAGGAGCACGAGUAAAUCACCCCUCGGAUUUGGUCUCACGGGGACAACCCGUCAAAGUCAAAGUUGCUAGCAUCCAAGGCACUCGCAUUGGGUUGUCCAUGAAGGAGGUGGAUCAGGCGACAGGCAUGGACCUUGUACCCCAGAAGCGCCUUGCUUCUGGUGCGAAUAUGGAACGCCUUGACAAUACAUCAGUCGAUGACCGAUACGGCAACCUCAGCUCCGAUGUUCCUAUCGUUGAAGGCUCCGGAGGUCGGCCGAUGAGGAACCGAAAGCGCAUGACUUCACCCGAGAGAUGGGAAAUCAGACAAUUGAUUGCCUCAGGUGUUGCAUCUGCAGCAGAUUAUCCCGACAUUGACGAGGAAUAUAACGCAACACUCACCGGUGAAGGCACAUUCGAAGAAGAGGAAGACGUGGACAUCGAGGUCAAAGAUGAGGAGCCUCCUUUCCUGGCUGGUCAAACAAAGCAAUCCCUCGAACUUUCCCCUAUUCGUGUUGUCAAGGCCCCCGAUGGUUCAAUGAACCGUGCUGCGAUGUCAGGCACUACCCUUGCCAAGGAGAGACGCGAAUUGAAGCAGCAGGAAGCACAGGACAAUGCGGCUCAGAAGGCCGCAAAUGUCGAUCUCAAUGCACAAUGGCAGGACCCCAUGGUAGCGCCGGAGGAGCGAAAGUUUGCCGCCGAUCUUCGAAGUGCUGGGCAACCCAAGCAGGACGAAGCGGUGCCAGAGUGGAAGAGAGCGGGGAUGGGCAAGAAUGCAUCCUUUGGAAAACGAACAACCAUGUCCAUGAAACAACAACGCGAGAGCCUCCCGGUUUACAAAUUCCGGAAGCAAUUGCUGGAUGCGGUCAAGGACAACCAAAUGUUGAUCGUUGUCGGAGAUACAGGUUCUGGAAAAACAACACAAUUGACGCAAUACCUGGCCGAGGGUGGAUAUACGAACAAUGGAAUGAUUGGCUGCACCCAGCCUCGUCGUGUUGCUGCCAUGUCGGUGGCUAAACGUGUGGCCGAGGAAGUAGGUUGCAAACUCGGAGCAGAGGUUGGGUAUACCAUCCGUUUUGAGGAUUGUACCAGCCCUGAGACCAAAAUCAAAUACAUGACGGACGGAAUGCUUCAGAGAGAAAUCCUUCUAGAUCCAGAUCUCAAGAAAUAUUCCGUGAUCAUGCUUGACGAAGCGCACGAGCGGACUAUCCCCACGGAUAUUUUGUUUGUGUUGUUGAAAAAGACAAUCAAGCGAAGACCUGAUCUCAGAUUGAUUAUCACGUCUGCUACUCUGGAUGCUGAGAAGUUCUCCGUAUACUUCGACGGCUGUCCCAUUUUCUCCAUCCCCGGUCGAACAUUCCCUGUUGAAGUCAUGUAUUCCAAGGAACCCGAGUCUGAUUAUCUGGAUGCCGCGCUUAUUACCGUCAUGCAAAUUCACUUAACAGAACCUCAGGGUGACAUUUUGCUCUUCUUGACAGGCCAAGAAGAAAUUGAUACAGCCUGUGAGAUCUUAUUUGAGCGUAUGAAAGCAUUAGGGCCCACGGUUCCCGAAUUGGUCAUCUUACCUGUCUACUCUGCACUACCUAGUGAAAUGCAGAGUAGAAUUUUCGAUCCAGCGCCCGCAGGCGGACGUAAGGUCGUUAUCGCAACCAACAUUGCAGAGACCUCGAUCACAAUUGAUCAAAUUUACUACGUUAUCGAUCCCGGUUUCGUGAAGCAAAACGCAUAUGAUCCAAAAAUUGGCAUGGAUUCUCUCGUGGUGACCCCAAUUUCUCAAGCACAAGCUAAGCAAAGAGCUGGUCGUGCGGGAAGAACUGGACCAGGAAAGUGCUUCAGAUUGUAUACUGAAGCUGCCUACCAAUCCGAGAUGCUUCCAACGACUAUUCCCGAUAUUCAGCGUCAAAAUCUUUCAAACACUAUUCUGAUGCUCAAGGCAAUGGGAAUCAAUGACCUCCUUCACUUCGACUUCAUGGACCCCCCGCCCACCAACACCAUGUUGACAGCCCUCGAAGAGCUGUAUGCCUUGUCAGCACUUGAUGAUGAGGGUCUAUUGACUCGACUAGGACGAAAAAUGGCUGAUUUCCCAAUGGAGCCUGCACUUGCCAAGGUGCUUCUUGCGUCCGUAGACUCAGGAUGUUCCGAAGAGAUGCUGACCAUUGUCGCCAUGUUGUCAAUCCAGUCGGUCUUUUACCGCCCCAAAGAGAAGCAACAACAGGCGGACCAGAAGAAGUCCAAAUUCCACGAUCCACACGGUGAUCAUUUGACCCUACUCAAUGUCUACAACGGAUGGAAGAACGCAGGCUUCAACAACGCCUGGUGUUUCGAAAACUUCAUUCAAGCACGGCAGAUCAAGCGCGCCCAGGAUGUUCGACAGCAGCUUCUCGGCCUCAUGAAUCGCCACAAGGUGCGGAUUGUCUCUUGCGGUCGUGACACCAUGAAAGUGCGACAGUCCCUCUGUACCGGCUUUUUCCGUAAUGCCGCGCGCAAAGAUCCCCAAGAAGGUUACAAGACCCUGGUGGAAGGCACGCCCGUGUACAUGCAUCCUAGCUCUGCGAUGUUCGGUAAACCCUCUGAGCACGUUAUUUACCACACCUUGGUCCUCACCACCAAAGAGUACAUGCACUGCACCACUGCCAUUGAGCCUAAAUGGCUUGUGGAGGCGGCACCGACUUUCUUCAAGGUUGCACCUACAGAUCGGUUGUCGAAGCGCAAAAAGGCGGAGCGCAUCCAGCCUCUACACAACCGCUUUGCUGGCGAAGACGAUUGGCGUAUCUCUGCACAGCGGCGGCAGGGCAGAGGUGGUGGUGGUGGCACUUGGGGUUGA